CUCUUUCAUUAUGACUUGUAUUGAUCAUGGCAGACCUUUCGAGAGAGGAGUUGGACGGCAUAUACGCUUUUGCUGUCAAUCUGGGCAAGGAGGCUGGGCGAAUGCUGAUGGACGCUGCGCAGCUGAGGUUUGGGGAUGAAAGGCCAAAAGAAAAGGAGCAUGUUGAGAAAGAGAAUGCUGUCGAUCUUGUGACGCAGACUGAUGAAGAUGUCGAAGCGUUCAUCAAAGAUCAAAUCACAAAGAAGUAUCCAUUACAUAAAUUCAUCGGAGAAGAGACGUAUUCAAAAGGUGCUUCACGCGACUAUCUAAUCGGCAAUGAGCCGACAUGGUGUGUGGACCCACUGGACGGAACCGUGAACUACAUCCACCUCUUUCCCAUGUUCUGCGUGAGCAUCGGGUUUAUAGUGAACGGCAAGGCUACGAUCGGCGUCGUCUACGCACCUUUUCUGAACCAACUCUUCUCAGCAUGCUCCGGUCGUGGAGCAUGGCUCAACGAAACUCAGCAACUUCCCUUAGUCCGCAACCCGAUACCGCCUAUGCCUGCCAAAGCUCCGGCCGGCUGCGUCUUCUCAUGCGAAUGGGGGAAGGAUAGAAAAGAUCGGCCGGAUAGCAAUCUCCAUCGCAAGGUGGAAAGCUUCGUUAAUAUGGCUGCUGAAAUUGGUGGGAGGAACGGAAGGGGUGGAAUGGUUCACGGGAUGAGAUGUCUAGGAAGUGCAACCUUAGAUCUUGCUUAUACGGCUAUGGGCUCAUUUGACAUCUGGUGGGAGGGUGGAUGUUGGGAGUGGGACGUUGCGGCUGGCAUUGCCAUUUUGUCCGAAGCAGGUGGCUUAGUGACUACUGCAAAUCCUCCAGAAAACGAAGCCACCGCCCCUGUGGAAGAAGUCAAACUCGGUAGCAGGUUAUACCUAGCAAUCCGCCCUGCAGGGCCAUCUCCUACUGAGACAGGACGGGAGGGGCAAGAGAGGACGGUGCGGGAAGUGUGGCGGAGAGUGCGCAAUCUAGAUUACUCUCGACCCGGCGCUUGAAUGUAUGGGAAGAACGCAUGCAAGAUCGCAUUGAUACUCAAUCAGAUGUACGCUUCAAUCCAAGUCGAAAAAAGGAUC